AUGAUUCAUGGAGUUAGCCGGUUUAAGUGUGAACAAUGUGGUCAGUGUUUCUCGACAAAUGGUGCGCUCAAAUCGCAUAAUGAAGUUGUACAUUUAGUUGAAGGCAAUCCUGAACAGAUUAGUGAAUGUGGUAUCAUCAACAACAACGACAAUAUUAAUAACAACAAUACCUGUAGUAAUGAUGUUGGUGUUGUUGUGGUUAAGAAACGAAAUCCGCCUAAAGAAUCCAAAGUCUUCCAGUGCACUAAAUGUCACAGUUGUUAUACUUCCAGAACAUUUUUAAAAAUACACAUCCAACGCGUACACAAAGAUGUGGACUAUACAUGUCCACAGUGUUGUAAAACAUUUGCAGAGAAGUAUGAAUUGGAAAUUCAUCAAGCAAUCAUUCAUGGAGUUAGCCGGUUUAAAUGUGAACAAUGUAGUCAGUGUUUCUUGACAAAUGAUGCGCUCAAAUCGCAUAAUGAAGUUGUACAUUUAGUUGAAGGCAAUCCUGAACAGAUUAGUGAAUGUGGUAUCAUCAACAGCAAUGACAAUAUUAAUAACAACAAUACCUGUAGUAACGAUGUCGGUGUUGUUGUGGUUAAGAAACGAAAUCCCCCUAAAGAAUCCAAAGUCUUCCAGUGCACUAAAUGUCACAGUUGUUAUACCUCCAGAACAUUUUUAAAAAUACACAUCCAACGCGUACACAGAGAUGUGGACUAUACAUGUGCACAGUGUUGUAAAACAUUUGCAGAGAAGUAUAAAUUGGAAAUUCAUCAAGCAAUCAUUCAUGGAGGAAUGAAAUUUACGUGUGAUUUAUGCGAUAAGAAAUUUUCAACAAAACGUUCAAGCGAUGAACACAUCAAAACUGUUCAUGAAGGAAUGAAAUUUACGUGUGAUUUAUGCGAUAAGAAAUUUUCAACAAAACGUUCAAGCGAUGAACACAUCAAAACUGUUCAUGAAGGAAUGAAAUUUACGUGUGAUUUAUGCGAUAAGAAAUUUUCAACAAAACGUUCAAGCGAUGAACACAUCAAAACUGUUCAUGAAGGAAUGAAAUUUACGUGUGAUUUAUGCGAUAAGAAAUUUUCAGCAAAAACUGCACGAGCUCUACACAUUAAAAGUAUUCAUGAAGGAAUGAAAUUUAC